UUUUAACUGCGGUCUUUAAAUCAUACGAAUCUCCUUGAACGCUAUAAGUGCAUUUAAAAAAUUUUUCAAAAUGGAAUUUAAAUUAAAAAUUCUAUUUUUAAUUUUCAUUUUUAGUUACAUAAAUUUGGUUAAAGGGGCAUGUAGUACUUAUGGGCAUUCAUGUUAUGGAGCUCACGGAAAGAAAUCUAUGGGAAGAAAUACACCAAGAUUAUCAGAAAAUUAUAAAACUGAAGAAGAAUUUUUAAUGUCGGAUGACCCAAGUUUAGAAGAAAAUGAAAUGAAACCAAAACUUCAAAAAUAUUUACUAUUAAAUAUUUUAUUAGAUAAGGAUGACCUAAAUGAUAAUAUUAACGAAAUUUCUGAAAAUAUACAAGAAGAAUCGAAUAAUGGAAUUAAGGAAAUUGAAUAUAAUAUUAAUAGACCAAGUUAUAAAUUUAAAACACCAUUGAAAAAACGUAAAUUUUUGUAUCGUAUUAAUCAACCGGUAGCAGCAAUUAAACCAAUCAGUACAUUUGAUGAUUUUGCUAGUCCAUAUAAAUUUUUGAUUAAACCGAAACGUAUACAAAAUCAUGAUUUUAUUAACAAUCAAUUACAGAGUAUCAAUUCAAUGGAUGACCUGAAUGAAACGAAUAUUAACUGAAAUUACCUAAAAGUUACAACAUGCAUAUGUAUCAGUAAUUUCUGUUUCAGUUUACUAUCAUCAAUAUCAUCAGCACUACUAUGCUAAAAUUAAUUUUGAAAAAAUCAUGUUAUUUUUUAUAUAUUAGUAUACGAAUUACCGGUAAAUUUCCUCUUUUUAUAUAAAUUUUAUGUAAAAUUGGUUAUUGUGCUUGUAGAUGCCAUAAUAAUUUAAAAUAUGAAUAUUUUGUAAUAAAUAUAUAACAAUAUAUAAUAUUUAAUAUGAAUAAUAUAUAACACUACAGUGUACAGAACAAUGCGUAUAUGGGUAAAAUAUUUCUUCAUGACUCUAUAGAGUAUAAUAAGUAUAGUUCCGGUUCCGGACUAUCCCCAUAUUUAAGGGUUUCAAAUGGUUUAUACUCUGUGGUAUUGUGAAAAAAUGUUCUCCUACUCUUACUGUAAUUGAUGUAUAUAAUAUACUAUUGUUAUAAAAAAAAUAGUAAUACUAAAUUCUUGUAAAUUUUGUUAGUUAUUUAUAAGCGUACUGUAAAAAUUAUAUUAUAAAUAUUACCGCAUUAUACAGAAUUUAAUGUUAAAUAUAGCUAGUUGUGUAA